AUGGCCACAUCACUUCGUGCUCGGCGAAGGGCAGCGCCCGCACAAGUCAAUACCAAGACCGCUGGAUACUUCAACCCUGACUGGGAGGUCGUAAAAACCCGCUUAUCCAACGCAACCGACUUCGCCGAUACCGACUUUGAAUACAGCGAUGAAGAAGAUGAGUCCCCACGUGUUAGCAUGGGCUCAUUUGGCCAUGACAGCAACUCUUCGAUUUCCACACCUGACAUUGCCACGCCAGAUAAUGCACCAAGGCAGCCUUUCAAUUUCCAGCUUGACAAAAUGAUAAAGGGACCCUCUGGUCCUCAUCUCUUCCGCUCAUCGGUUGGGUCGAUGGGCUCAGUUCCUCCCACGGCAGAAAUCGACCUCUAUUUCGAAAGGUCGCCUGUCCAAACACGUUUCUCCCAGCCCGAGUCCCAACCUGAGUCCCAACCUCGGUUCAGUCAGCCUCAGUCUGAGCCCACCGACUCCGAGCCAACUCCGAACAAGUACAUGUUUUCUCCCUGCACACCCAAGGCUUAUAAUACGGUACACCCCGACGUCUCGCAAGUCGCAGAGCAGGAGAUUCGAAACUGGAGUCCCAGCCAGGUAGCUCACUGGCUACACAUCGGUGGAUACGAUGAGACCGUGAUUGACACAUUCCUGAUCAACGAUAUCACUGGCACAGUGCUUCUUAGCCUCCAGGGUAGCGAUCUGAAGGAGUUGGGUGUCAAAUCGUUCGGCAAGCGUCACCAGCUUAUGGGCUCAAUUGACCAUCUACGUAAUACCAUGCGGAAGGGGUCCCCACGGGUUCAAUCUAGUCUCGGUUCUUCUCGAUCCGGGUCACCACGUGCGCGGAGGUCCUAUGUUAUGACUGUCUCACCGACUGGAGAGGUCCUGAAUGGCCCAGAGAGUCUUCCAACUCAGGGCCAAGAACCAGUAAAUAACAAGCACGUCUCCAUCGUGGGUAUUGAACAGGUUCUCCCGAAACCUCACAGCUGCUCCAAGGGAGUAAACUGCCCCAAGUACCGCCGAAGGCAACGUCAAAUCGAGAAGCUCGCUGCUGAGUUUCCUAACACCGUUUUUUCACCUGCAGGGGAUGCCAUGGUUGCAGGCAACCCAGGCAACCCUGAAACAGCACAAAAUCUGCUGCGGCCCACUUCAGAUGCUCAGCCAUCCGUUGCCGCUUCUUCAGAUGUCUUCGGAGCCAUGCAGACUCCCCGUCUCUGUGCCGAAGCACUGAAUGGAGUAACCCGGGUGGACCCCCAGGAAAGCAUCCGGCAUUUCCUUUCUUACCAGGGUGUCGACCCUCCCUCUGGCUCCGACAGCGAUGAGAGUUCUCCUCACUCUGAGCCCCUUUACUCCCCGCCGCCCAAGACUCCAAAGACGGCUCCUGCGGUUGUCUCGCGGGGCAAGACCCGGUCUCAGAACCUCCGCAGUCUCCCAAAGCUCACGAUCCCCGCCGAAGACGAGGACUCGGAUGAGUUGACCACUGCCACUGGCCAGCCCGAUACCGCUAUGUAUGCGUCCCCUACCGCUACCCAGCAGUAUGGGCCGUUCAGCAACGCCCAGUACAUGCCCUCUAUCGAUCGCUACCGCCAAGGCACACCCUUCACCGAAGCUGAUGUGCCUGUAACUGCGAUCCCCGAUGGGCCCAUUGCUCGGGACACCUCUCAAUCCGUGCCGCCAAACAUGCAGUAUGGAAACAUCAUGCUGCAGCGCCAGCAACAGCAGGAGCCAUACAUGCGAUCCGCUUCCACCCGGCCCCGGACUAACAGCAACGCGCCGUCCCUGCCGCGAGUUCACGAGGACAAGCCGCUCACUCCGAUCGACAACCCCUCUGACAUGCCAAAGACCUCGCGCAGCAUCCCGCUUCACGGCUACAACUCUUCCCUUUCAUCCGACCCCGAUGUGACCAAGGCUGGUUGGAUGAAGAAGCGCAAGCCCGCUCGCUUCCUCCGCCAUGACUGGCAAGAUGCUCACUUCACUCUCCGUGGAACCAACCUUGCCAUGCACAAGGAUGAACUUGCUGCCCUUCGGCACUCGCGAGCAUUGGACCUCAUUAAUGUCGACGACUACACCGUCGCCUGCUCGACCAACGGCACCAACUCUAAGCUCUCUGCUGCCUUUAAGAAGUCCGUCCUCCGGUCCGGUACAAACGUAAGCCAGGACGACGCCGCCUUCGCGUUUUCUCUUGUUCCUGCCUCCAAGGAAAAUGAGAAAAAGGUCCUCUUCAGCAAGAAUGACAUCAAGAGCCACCACUUCGCCGUUAAGUCCCGCGACGAGCGCAUUGACUGGAUGCGCGAGCUCAUGCUCGCAAAGGCCCUCAAGAAGGGCAAGGAAGGUGGCGCUGAGAUGCAAGUCAACGGAAACUUCAUCUAA